AUGCAGACUUACAAUUCAUUGCUCAAGCCAACUGCCACCGAAAUCGAUCUUUUCAGAAUCUUCUCGUUGUCUUCGGAAUUCAAGCUGAUCGCUGUUCGCGAAGAAGAGAAACUGGAGUUGCAAAAAGAGACAUCAGCAAAGACAAACGUUUUGCUGCAGGCUUACAUCUCUCAACUGAAACUUGAUGGAUUCGCACUUCAAUCGGACAUGGUUUAUGUGGCUCAAUCAGCUGGUCGCCUGUUUCGAGCGAUUUUCGAGAUUGUUUUGUGGAGAGGCUGGGCUCAACUUGCGCAGAAAAUUCUCGGAUUGUGCAAAAUGGUCAAUCAACGCCAGUGGCAAUCACUCAACCCACUGCAUCAAUUCAAGAAGAUCCCAUCGGAAGUGGUUCGCAGCAUCGACAAGAAGAACUACUCGUUUGAUCGUCUCUACGAUUUGGAUCAAGUGCAGUUGGGCGAAUUAAUCAAGAUGCCAAAAAUGGGUCGGCCCCUCUACAAAUUCAUUCGACAGAUCCCAAAGCUUGAGAUGACCACCCUCAUCCAGCCAGUCACACGAUCGACACUUAAGAUUGAGCUCACGAUUACGCCGGAUUUCGUUUGGGAUGAAAAAGUUCACGGAAACGCCGAAGGAUUCUGGAUUUUCAUUGAAGAUGUCGACGGCGAAACUAUUCUGCAUCAUGAGUAUUUCUUGUUGAAACAAAAAUUCUGCGGCGAUGAGCACUUGGUGAAGAUGUAUGUGCCGGUAUUUGAUCCACUUCCACCACUCUACUUCGUGCGCAUUGUUAGUGACAAAUGGCUUGGCUCGGAAACGGUCUUGCCCAUAUCAUUCCGUCACCUCAUUUUGCCCGAGAAGUACCCACCACCCACCGAACUUCUCGAUUUGCAGCCACUCUCGAUCUCGAAUCUCAGCAAUCCACUCUUCGAGCAAGUCUUCCAAGAGAAGAAAAUCAGCACCUUCAACCCCAUUCAAACACAAAUAUUCCGUACUGUUUUCGAGGGAAAAGACAAUGUGCUCAUUUGUGCUCCGCAAGGAUCUGGAAAGACGGCUUGUGCCGAAUUGGCCAUUUUGAGACACUUCGAAAACUCACCGGAUGCUCGUGUUGUUUAUGUUGUACCGAAUGAAGAUCUGGCAACGAAGCUUUAUGAGGAUUGGUCAAAUAGACUCGGAAAACUUUUGGAAAAGACUGUGGUCAUGUUGACUGGAGAACCAACGCUUGAUCAGAAGCUACUGGCUAAAGGAUGGUUGAUUGUGUCAAUUCCGGAGCAUUGGGAUGCAGUCUCUCGACGUUGGAAGCAACGUAAAGCUGUGCAAAACGUGCGACUCUUCAUUGUCGAUGAUUUGCACAUGAUUGGUGGAACAAAUGGGCCUGUCAUGGAAGUUGUGUGCUCGAGAAUGCGUUACAUGGCCUCACAAAUGGACGCUCAAUUGAGAAUCAUCGGCCUAUCUUCAUCACUGGCCAAUGCAAAGGAUAUUGGUGCCUGGCUUGGAUGUCCUACUGGAUCAGUUUUCAAUUUUCCUCCCAGCUGUCGUCCUCUACCACUUGAGAUUUAUCUUCAGGGUUACAACUUGUCACAUAAUGCUUCUCGUCUUGCUGCGAUGGUGCGACCAGUCUACACAGCGGUGUCACGACAUGGAGGAAAAUUGCGCCCAAAGCCGGCUCUCAUUUUUGUGCCCGGGCGACAACAAACUCAUGCAACUGCUUUGGAUUUGAUCACUAUGGCCCAUGGAGAUAACUCACCACAAAGGUUCUUGCACAUUUCCGAACAUGACAGUGACUUCAGGAAAAUUGUGGAGAAUAUUCAGGACAAGGCACUUCGUGAGACGUUGUUGAGCGGUGUCGGAUUUGUGCAUGAAGGAACUUCGCCAAAGGACGUACUCGCCGUUCAAGCUUUAUUCAAUUCGGGAGCUAUUCAGGUGUGCAUUGUGCCACGAACGAUGUGCUAUCAAAUCAACAUGCAAGCCUAUGUCGUGAUCAUUAUGGACACACAAUUUUACAAUGGUCGUUAUCACGUUUACGAGGAUUAUCCAAUCGCUGAUGUGCUUCAUAUGGUUGGAUUAGCAAAUCGCCCUGAUAAAGAUCAAGACGCCAAAUGUGUUCUCAUGUGUCAGUCGUCGAAGCGUGAUUUCUUCAAGAAAUUCUUAUUUGAACCGUUGCCAGUCGAAAGCCAUUUGGAUCAUCAACUUCAUGACCACUUCAACGCCGAAAUUGUCACUAAAGUCAUCGAGAAUAAACAGGAUGCCAUUGAUUAUCUCACUUGGACGUUCCUCUAUCGCCGAAUGACGCAAAAUCCAAACUACUACAACUUGCAAGGUGUCACCCAUCGACACUUGUCUGAUGCGCUUUCAGAAUUGGUGGAGAAUACGCUAAAGGAUCUUGAGAAUUCAAAAUGUAUUGCGGUGAAAGAUGAAAUUGAUACGGUGCCUCUGAACUUGGGAAUGAUUGCUGCAUAUUAUUAUAUCUCAUACACAACACUUGAACUCUUCUCCUUGUCCCUGCAGCCAAAGACAAAAAUGCGAGCAUUGUUGGAGAUCCUCUCGUCGGCGCACGAGUUUUCCGAGAUCCCGAUGCGUCAUCGUGAAGAUUUGAUCUUGAAACAACUUGCCUCUCGUCUACCAAAUCAAUUGAAGAAUCAGAAAUUCACUGAUCCGUCCGUCAAGGUAUGCCUCCUCUUGCACGCUCAUCUAUCAAGAAUAAAACUCUCUGCCGAACUCAACAAAGAUACGGAACAGAUUGUCCUGAAAGCGGUGCGAUUGGCUCAGGCGUGCGUUGAUGUGUUGAGUAGCAACGGAUGGUUGUCGGCGGCUAUUCAUGCAAUGGAAUGCUGCCAAAUGUUGACACAGGCAAUGUACUCAUCGGAAAGUUAUCUUCGGCAACUACCCCACGCCUCGGCGUCGCUUAUUGAGAGAGCUAAAGAAAAGAAAGUGGAGACAAUCUUCCAACUUCUCGAGAUCGAAGAUGAUGAUGAGCGAAACGAGAUUUUGGGAAUGGAUACAGCAAUGCUUUCGGAUGUUGCUCGUUUCUGUAACAACUACCCGGCAAUCGAGAUUGAACAUUCGGCUGUGAAGAGUGGUGAGCAAGUGACGAUCAACGUUUCGUUGGAAAGAGAAAAUGUAGAUGAAAAUGGAUUGGCUCCAAAGGUGAUCUGCCCGUUGUUCCCACAAAAGCGCAAAGAAGAGGGUUGGUGGUUGAUUGUCGGCGAUGAUUCGGACAACAAUGAGCUUCUCUCCAUCAAACGGUUGACUGUCAAUGAAAAGGCGACAGCUCAACUCGAGUUCACGGUGAAAUCGUUGUCGAAACGCAACCUGAAGCUCUUCUUCAUCUCGGACUCGUACUUGGGCGCUGAUCAGGAGUUUGAAAUCGAUCUCAAAGCUGAUGAAGGUCGUGCCCGUAAGCGCAGACGUGAGGACGAC